CACCGACACAACCUCAGCAAGCCAACCCUUUCUUUUCUUUGAUUCCCACUUUACCUUCUCUAUCGAUCAACCAACCCCCUAGGGUCUUCGUUGGCUUACAAGAGACAAAGAAGAAGAAAAAGGCCAACGGAUGCUGCUCAGGACGACCUCUUUCUUUGGUUCGUCCGAUAACCGAGCCCUGGAUGUUCGUUCGGUCAUCCAUGACAAAGAAAAUGAUGCACAGGACAAAGAUGCAACGAACAGGUGGAAACGACGACAAAUGACGAGUUCCAGUUCCGUUCUCCUGGCUCAUCGUGUCAUUGGAUUUGCAUUAUGGACCGCUCUCGCUCGUACGCCCCUUCUGUUUCCGUCCGACUCGGUAUUUCGUCUCGUUCUCGUUCUUACGCGACGUCAAGCUGCGAGAGAGGUGUCAGGGAUGGGAUCAUGCCUGCAUCACCGCAUAGCAUGCAUGGCAUGCCUGAUUUCAGCCUGUGCUCCGUGGGCGUCCGUCAUUUCAAUAUUCCUCAUCUCGUUCGUGUCCGUCUCUGGUCCGGUCCCCGCGUAUGUGCAGCGAUCUACCUUCAACCGGCAGAUGAACCCACAUAAGCUCCAGCUCCUUGCUUUCCGCCGUUUCGUCACACCGGUAAGGGGCUUGGCAGGCGGCCGUUUUGACCCAGAUCGACGAGUGGUCCGCUGUCUCUUGAAACCCGUGUCUUACUUUUCUCUCUCACUCGGCCGUUUUUCGACCUACCGUCUGCCGCCUUAGGUUCUGCGAAUUAUGACCAUGUCGCUUAUUUUUCUUCCAUUGGACGCACGUUGACAGCAAGUAAAACGACCGCCUCUGCUAACCUGAACUCGAUACUGGACCAGGGACAGAACAGGGGAGUCAUUACGAGGUAGCACACAUCGGACGCCGUCGACGCCUCC